AUGGCCUAUGCAGGGAAUGAUCCACUACAAAAGAUUGAGACAGCAAAGAUCAAAAAGGAAGAAGCAGACAAUGCGUUCAAACAAGGAAAUCUCCAGACAGGUCAGCUCCAUUCCUCACCCAUCCCCCCCGACACAAAGCUCACGACGCCGAUUUGCAGCUCUCCUCAAGUAUCACGAGGUCUGUACUCUAUCUUUGCCAUCCAUGUCCACAGCUGCCCAUGCCACUCAACUAUUCCACAAUCUUCCAUCGCUUCCCCGCACGGCGCCUUUGGAAUCUUCUGCCAUCGCAUGACAGACGCUGAUAUCCCGAUUCACCUACAGGCGUUAAUGUAUCUCCAAGGUCUCGACAAGAACAUGCUGAAUGCAAUGUCUGGUGGAUCCUCUGCAAAAUCUCCACCAGCAGAAGUAUCAGACGGAGAAGAUGAGAUUGAGACUCCUGGCGUAAAGGCAAGGAAGGAGGAACCAGAGAAGAAGGAACUCAGCGAAGUCGACGACCUUCUUUCCAAGAUUUACUCUAACCAGUCUGCCUGCCAUAUCAAGAAGCAAAAUUGGAAGCGAGCAUUAGAGACUGCCGAAAAGUCAAUGAGCAAGAAUCCGGAAAACUUCAAGGCCCAGUUCCGAAAGGGCAAGGCACUAGCAGAGCUCGGCUAUGUGGAAAAGUCUCUCGCGACGCUAGAAGAACUCUUGAAAAAGAAUCCAGCCGACCAAGCCUCUAUCAACGCCGAAAUUGCGCGAGUAAAGGCUGCAGACCGUGAACGUGAGAAAAAGCACAAUCAAAAGUUCAAGGGAUUCCUGAACAAAAAGACUGCGCCUAAAUCCUUCGACUCGGUAUCCUCUACACCAUCAAAUACGUCGUCUAGUUCUGUCCAAAGUACCGAAUCAGAGGCGAGCACCGCGUCUGUCGCGAGUAGCACGGGUACAGUGCCAGCACCGAAUGCCACUUUGGAGCCAAGUGGUCUCGUUGAAGUGAGCGAAGAAGAGUUUGAAAAGGCAAAACGCGCAAAUGCUCGGGCGUAG